AGGAAAAAUGUUGCUGUCACAUUUGACAAUUUUGGCGGUUCGCUAGUUCAAUGUGAAAACGAAAUACAUAUUUGUCAACAGGUUAGCUCCCGUUGGUUUUAUUUCUAAAUUUUAAUAAUAAUACUUUUUGUUGCUUUCGUUAUAAACGUUCGCAAGGCUCGAGCUAAUCGCUGAAUUUUCAUAAAUCAUGGUAAAAGUGAAUUACAAAGUUGGUGACAAGGUGUUCGCCAAAGUCAAGGGCCACCCGCCAUGGCCUGCAAAAAUUCUGAACGAUACUGGAAAGAAGAAGUUUAAUGUAAUGUUUUAUGGAACAAAAGAAACGGGCGCAAUUAAGCCCGAAGAUCUGAGCUACUACCUCAAAUACAAAGAAAGUUAUCUGCAGAAGUAUCUUAAAAGAAGAGUGGGGUAUGAAGAUGCUGUGAAGGAAAUUGAGGCGGCUAUUAGAAAGGAUGGAGGCGAUGGAAACCCCGACGCAAAUGGGGAUUCUUCCGUUCCAGAGAUUGACACAUCUGACACAUCUAGUGUCUCAAGUCUUCCUGAUAAAAAGAACCCUAAAAGGAAGGCGUUUAGUGCAUCAUUUGAAGACAAGGCACUAAAGCGAACGUAUGCCAGAAGAACUGUUGGUGCUGAGUCAAGAGAUACCUCCGAAGAGCCAGCCCCUAAAAGACCAACAAGGAAAUCUAGCAUUUCAAGUGUUAAAAGUAAUGAGGACGCGCCGUCAAAAUCCAAGGAGCCUGUUGAAGUUUUACAGGCAUCUGAGAAGUCCAUUGCAGAAGAAGUGAUUACAGAAAUGGUCGAAGUGGUUGAAAAAACAAACCGGGACGAACCAAAUUUGCCAGUGAAGGAGAAAUCGGAUGACAAAGGCUCUACUCCAACUAAAGAAGAACCUGCGAAACAAGAGCAAAAAGCUCAAACUGCGGAUACCAUCACGGUUUCCUCUGACGAAGACUUAGCAGCACCGGAAGUAGCCAUAGAAAAACCUUCUGAAACGCUGAGCGACGAGGGAACUGAAAUUGGCGACGAUAUUGCAGUAGCUAAACGAGUACCCAGCAAUGACAAGCAAUCCCAGAAAAAACUCCCGAAUAACAUCGAUUUAGUGACUGAACAAACGUUGAAAAAUAAUAUAUCAUAUGCGGAACAUGUCAAGGCAAACCCCGAUUUGUAUAAGAACAGACCUGUUGAGCCGCGGAAAGUUAGCAAAGAUCAAAUGCUACCAGUUAAACUACCGUCCGGGAAAUUCUGUGGGGUAACGCUGCAUGACGAGUGGCCUUUGACCCAUGAUAACGAAUACGAGCGAGCUAUGUAUGACUAUGAGGUUGCUAAACUUACACUGAACGUGAAAAACUUACUUGUUUCCGGACAAAAAACCACUGAUCAAGUAGAUGUAGCAAUUGUUCCUGAUAUCCAAAUGACCACCGAACAAAUCAAUAACAGUUCGUACCUCAAUGAUAUCGAAGCAAAGAGAGAGAAAUUGGAGAUGCUCAAAAAAGAGGCAGUGUUAGUAACGUGGGAUUCGAAAAUUAAAAAUAAUCUCGGUUUAGACAAAGCUUUCCCCGAAAAAGCUUUGUCAGCUUUGGGAGAAUUUAGGACUUUCGAGCGAGAUGUGGAGACGCUGAUGUUUAAGAAACAUCCGCAUGUUUUAGACACAAUCCGCAGAUUGCGUAAGUAUGUAGGUAAUACAAAAGAAUGGGCAAUGAGCGUAGAGGAAAGCAACACAUUUGCGCGAAAAGCUGAGAAGAUUCGCAAUGAAGCCGAGAAAAUUUAUAAUAAAGUUAAAAAUCUCUUUAAAAUCAAGGAAGAAAAGGGCAACUUUUGGGACCGUUUCAUGGAAGAAGUCGCAGAUUUUCGGACCAAAUGUAAAGAUCUAACAGAAAAUGAAAUUCUCUUGUUGUGCUCCGAACCUGAGUCCAGGCAAGCUUUUGUCGAUAAAUUGGAAAACUCCGCUGAUACAGAUGGAUCAAACACGGCCAAAUCCAAGCCACUGCAAUCCAGUUCUGUAGCGGGAAAAUCAGAUAAAAAUUGAUUAUUUAUAAGUUUCCCAGGAAUGGAACGCACAUCAUUGGUACCGAUUUCUAACAGUUAGUUAGUUAGUUGCAAUCGUUCUCAUUUUUUUUCUCGUUUCAAUAUGUUUCUUUAAGUAAACCAUUGUUGGAAAAGUAGGUGGUUUUUUAAGUGUGAAAACUACUAUUUACGUGUUGAAUAUUAUGUGUGUUAGAUUGGUCUUCUAAUAUCUACAUUUCAUCAAUAAUUCGGUUCCCGUAUUCAAUAAAGAGCUCUGAAAUUCA